CGCCGCGGGCCUCGCGCCGCCCUGCCCGCGGCCGCCGCCGAGAGGCUCCGCCGCGUCGCCAUCGCUCUCCGACUCGCCGUCUGAGAGGUCGUAGUCUACGGCCUCUGCGCCAGCGCCUCCCCAAGCGCGAGCUCCGCCGGGCCAUCUGCGGCGCCCACGAGCCUUCGCCCUCCGCGUCCACUUCCCGCAGCGCGGGCGCCGCCACAAGGAGCGCCAUGAGCCCUUCGGCGCUGACGCCGCGCAGCUGGUGGGCGCUGAGGCGCCGGAGGCGCGGCAGGGAGGCCAGCGCGCGCAGGCCAGCGUCGGUGACGCGAGCCGACGAACCGAUGCCCAGGUGCUCCAGGGUGUCAUGGUACUUCCGACAGAUGGCCUCGAGCUCACCGUCGCCGACAUCGAGACCGCCCGCCCCCAGCAUCCGCAGGCGCGGGCAGCGCGCUGGGUCGGCGCAAAGGAAGGCCACGGUGGCGGGCCCGAGACCCUCGCAGUAGCACAGGUCCAGGGUCCUCAGCCCAUGGCACCGGACGAUCAGUUGCUCCACGGCGCGCUCGUCCACAGAGCAGCAACUUAUGUUUAUGUGCACGAGGCUGCCUGCGAGGUGCUGGGCCACCGCCAGCAGGCCCUUGCAAGUCAGGCCCUCGGUCGCGCGGAGGUUGAGGCUGCGGAGCCUGGCGCAGCGCUCGGCGAUGCGCGAGAGGUGGCGAUCCGAAAGUUGUUGGCAAUACAUCAGGUCUAGCCGGCGGAGCGAACCCAGGUCACCAACGGAGGCGAUCUCGGCAGUAUCACCGUAUCCAGGAGGCGUCGCCCACCUGUUAAGGUGCAGGACGCGCGGGUGGGGAGGCUCGUUGACCCCAGGAGCCCGCAGCGUUCUCAACUUCGGGCAAGUGGAGCAGAUCUCGCGGAAGACGUGCGGCGGGAUGGCCGAUCUCCACGCGCGGAACUUGGUCUCCGACCGCACAGAGCCCUCGCUGGCCCAGCCGAACUCCAGGUGCUCCAGCGACCCCCCCAACAUCUCCAGCAUCCCAGGGUGCAGUCUCAGGCACCCGCGGAU